AUGGGUGUCCCCAACGGAAGCUCGAGCAACGGUCACGUUAGCUCUCGUGCGGCCAAACACAACAUCCCCUCACAUUUCAUCGGUGGAAAUCACCUGGACGCAGCACCUCCAAGCAGUGUAAAGGAUUUCGUUGCCAACCAUGAGGGUCACUCCGUCAUUAGUUCGGUGCUCAUUGCCAACAACGGUAUCGCAGCCGUUAAGGAGAUUCGGUCUGUUCGGAAAUGGGCUUACGAGACAUUCGGCAACGAACGAGCCAUUCAAUUCACGGUCAUGGCCACACCGGAGGAUUUGCGGGCAAACGCCGAUUACAUUCGUAUGGCCGAUCAAUACGUCGAGGUACCCGGAGGCACAAAUAACAACAACUAUGCGAACGUCGAGCUGAUCGUCGAUGUGGCUGAGCGAAUGGACGUCCAUGCCGUCUGGGCUGGUUGGGGUCACGCAUCCGAGAACCCCAGACUUCCCGAAGCUCUGGCUGCCUCUCCCAAGAGGAUUAUCUUCAUCGGUCCUCCGGCGUCUGCGAUGCGUUCUCUGGGUGAUAAGAUCUCUUCGACAAUCGUUGCACAGCAUGCGGGUGUGCCUUGCAUUCCGUGGUCAGGAACCGGGGUUGACGAUGUGACAAUUGAUGACAACGGUAUUGUCACCGUUCCCGACGAGGUCUACAACCGGGGUUGCACGUUCUCUCCCGAAGAAGGUCUGCAGAAGGCCAAGGAGAUCGGUUUCCCCGUGAUGGUCAAGGCCUCGGAAGGUGGUGGUGGUAAGGGUAUCCGUAAGGUCGAGCGGGAGGAGGACUUCAUCAGCCUUUACAAUGCCGCCGCAAACGAAAUCCCGGGUUCCCCUAUCUUCAUCAUGAAGUUAGCUGGCAAUGCCCGGCAUCUGGAAGUCCAGCUGCUGGCUGAUCAGUACGGAAACAACAUCUCCCUGUUCGGCAGAGAUUGCUCCGUUCAGCGUCGUCACCAGAAGAUUAUCGAGGAGGCACCCGUCACCAUCGCCAAGCCCGCCACGUUCCAGGCCAUGGAGCGUGCUGCUGUCAGCCUUGGAAAGCUGGUCGGUUACGUCUCCGCCGGUACCGUCGAGUACCUGUACUCGCAUGCCGAUGACAAGUUCUACUUCCUCGAGUUGAACCCUCGUCUUCAGGUCGAGCACCCCACCACCGAGAUGGUCUCCGGUGUCAACCUGCCAGCCGCCCAGCUGCAGAUCGCCAUGGGUAUCCCCUGCACCGCAUUCAUUGACUUCGACUUCUCGAGCGAAGAGAGCUUCAAGACCCAGCGCCGCCCUCAGCCCAAGGGACACACCACCGCCUGCCGUAUCACUUCCGAAGAUCCCGGCGAAGGUUUCAAGCCCUCCAGCGGUACCAUGCAUGAACUGAACUUCCGCAGUUCGUCCAACGUCUGGGGUUACUUCUCCGUCGGUACCGCCGGUGGUAUCCACAGCUUCUCCGACAGUCAGUUCGGUCACAUUUUCGCCUACGGUGAGAACCGUUCCGCGUCGCGGAAACACAUGGUUGUCGCUCUGAAGGAGUUGAGCAUCCGUGGUGAUUUCCGCACGACGGUCGAGUACCUGAUCAAGCUGCUGGAGACCCCUGCUUUCGAAGACAACACCAUCACCACUGGAUGGCUGGAUCAGCUCAUCUCGAACAAGCUGACCGCGGAGCGUCCAGAUCCCAUUGUAGCUGUUCUGUGCGGUGCGGUAACCAAGGCUCAUCUGGCCAGCGAAGGCGGUGUCGAGGAGUAUCGCAAGGGCCUCGAAAAGGGUCAGGUGCCUUCCAAGGAUGUCCUCAAGACCGUCUUCCCCGUGGACUUCAUCUACGAGGGCCAGCGCUACAAGUUCACCGCAACCAGAGCCGGCUUGGACAGCUACCACCUGUUCAUCAACGGAUCCAAGUGCUCGGUCGGUGUCCGUGCUCUGGCUGACGGUGGCCUGCUUGUUCUCCUGAACGGUCGCAGUCACAACGUCUAUUGGAAGGAGGAAGCGGCCGCAACUCGCCUGAGCGUCGACGGAAAGACGUGCCUGCUGGAGCAGGAGAAUGAUCCUACUCAGCUCCGCUCUCCGUCCCCCGGAAAGCUUGUCAAGUUCACCGUCGAAAACGGCGAGCACGUCAAGGCUGGCCAGGCCUUCGCCGAAGUCGAGGUCAUGAAGAUGUACAUGCCCUUGAUUGCGCAGGAAGACGGUAUUGUCCAGCUCAUCAAGCAGCCUGGUGCCACCCUCGAAGCCGGUGACAUCCUUGGUAUUCUCGCCCUGGAUGACCCGUCUCGUGUGGUCGGUAACAAGCCUCCUCAGAGAUUCUCCCUCCUUCACAGCAUUCUCGAGAACAUCCUCCUGGGUUAUGACAACCAAGUUAUCAUGAACACCACUCUGAAGGAGCUGGUGGAGGUUCUGCGGGACCCUGAGCUCCCCUACGGCGAAUGGAACGCUCAGUCCUCUGCCCUUCAUUCCCGCAUGCCCCAGAAGCUGGACGCUCAGCUACAGAGCAUCGUCGAAAAGGCCCACGCCAGAAAGGCCGAGUUCCCCGCCAAGCAGCUGCAGAAGACUAUCUCCCGCUUCAUUGAGGAGAACGUCAACCCAGCCGACGCCGACAUCCUCAAGACCACUCUCCUCCCUCUUCAGCAGGUCAUCAACAAGUACAUGGAUGGCCUGAAGGCCCACGAGUUCAAUGUCUUCGCUGGAUUGCUGGAGCAGUACUACGAUGUCGAGAGCCUCUUCUCUGGCCGCAACAUCCGUGACGAAGAUGCCAUCCUGAAGCUCAGAGAAGAGCACAAGGACGACAUUGGCAGCGUCGUUCAGACUGUUCUGUCCCACAGCCGUAUCGGCGCGAAGAACAACCUGAUCUUGGCAAUUCUGGCCAUGUACCGCCCCAACCAGCCUGGUGUUGGCAAUGUCGCAAAGUACUUCAAGCCCGUCCUGAAGAAGCUCACUGAACUUGAGUCGCGGCCCGCCGCCAAGGUCACUCUCAAGGCCCGUGAGGUCCUUAUCCAGUGUGCGCUUCCCUCUCUGGAGGAGCGUAUGUCUCAGAUGGAACUCAUCCUGCGCUCCUCCGUUGUCGAAUCCCGAUACGGAGAGACCGGUUGGGACCACCGGGAGCCCGAAUUCUCCGUCCUCAAGGAGGUGGUGGACUCCAAGUACACCGUCUUCGAUGUCCUUACUCGAUUCUUCGUUCACCCGGACCCAUGGGUCACCCUGGCUGCUCUCGAGGUGUACAUUCGCCGCGCCUACAGGGCCUACACACUGAAGGGCAUUCAGUACUACCCCGACGGAGAAGUUCCCCUGGUCUCCUGGGACUUUACGCUAGGCAAGCUUGGACAGCCGGAGUUCGGUUCCGUCCACUCCAACCAGAUGUCUACGCCCAGCACACCUACUACGGAGUCCAGCCCCUUCAGGAGACUCAACUCCAUUAGUGAUAUGUCAUACCUUGUCAAUGACAACAGCAAUGAGCCCCUCAGAAAGGGUGUCAUUGUUCCGGUUCAGUACCUGGAAGACGCCGAGGAGCAGCUACAUAAGGCCUUGGAGGCACUCCCUCGUGCCGGCUCGAAGAAGAAGCCCGGCGAGAACGGGCUCAUUGCAGACCUGGAGGGCAAGCGUCGACCAGCCCCUCGCAUUGAGUCCGACAAUGAAUUGACCGGUGUCUGCAACGUGGCCGUCCGCGACCUCGAAGAUCUUGACGACAACCAGAUCGUUGCUCAGAUCAACGACAUUCUUGCCGGCCUCAGGGAGGAGUUGCUCGCUCGCCGCGUGCGCCGCGUGACCUUCAUCUGCGGCAAGAACGGCAGCUACCCUGGCUACUUCACCUUCCGUGGACCUACCUACGAGGAAGAUGAGAGCAUCCGUCACAGCGAACCUGCGCUCGCCUUCCAGCUUGAACUCGGACGUCUGUCCAAGUUUAAGAUCAAGCCCGUCUUCACCGAGAACCGGAACCUCCACGUCUACGAGGCCAUCGGCAAGGGCCCCGAGAACGACAAGGCUGUCGACAAGCGGUACUUCGUCCGUGCUGUGGUGCGCCCGGGCCGCCUCCGUGACGAUAUCCCCACCGCGGAGUACCUGAUCUCCGAGGCUGACCGUCUCAUGAAUGACAUCCUGGAUGCUCUGGAGAUCAUCGGCAACAACAACUCUGAUCUUAACCACAUCUUCAUCAACUUCUCGCCGGUGUUCAACCUGCAGCCCCAGGAUGUGGAAGAGGCUUUGGCUGGUUUCCUUGAGCGCUUCGGUCGCCGUCUCUGGCGUCUCCGUGUCACCGGUGCCGAGAUCCGUAUCCUGUGCACCGAUCCUGCCACUGGCAUGCCUUAUCCUCUGCGUGUGAUUAUCACCAACACCUACGGCUUCAUCAUCCAGGUUGAGCUGUACAUUGAGAAGAAGUCUGAGAAGGGCGAAUGGCUCCUCCAUAGCAUUGGUGGUACCAACAAGCUCGGCUCGAUGCACCUGCGUCCUGUCUCCACACCGUACCCGACCAAGGAGUGGCUUCAGCCCAAGCGUUACAAGGCUCAUCUCAUGGGCACCCAGUACGUCUACGAUUUCCCCGAGUUGUUCCGUCAGGCCUUCCAGAACAGCUGGGCCAAGGCUGUGGCCAAGAUCCCCUCCCUGGCCAGCAGGCGGCCCGCGGUUGGCGAGUGCAUUGAGUACAGCGAGCUUGUUCUCGAUGAUGCCGACAACCUGAUCGAAAUCUCGAGAGGCCCUGGUACCAACACCCACGGUAUGGUUGGAUGGAUCGUUACUGCUCGCACCCCCGAGUAUCCCGAAGGCAGACGGUUCAUCAUCGUUGCCAACGACAUCACCUUCCAGAUCGGUUCCUUCGGUCCCCAGGAAGACAAGUUCUUCUACAAGUGUACCGAGUUGGCCAGGAAGCUUGGCAUUCCUCGUAUCUACCUCUCUGCCAACUCCGGUGCUCGCAUCGGUAUGGCCGACGAGCUGAUCCCCUACUUCUCCGUGGCCUGGAACGAUCCCCAGAAGCCCGAGGCUGGAUUCAAGUACCUUUACCUCACUCCCGAGGUCAAGGAAAAAUUCGAUGCCAGCAAGAAGAAGGAGGUCAUUACUGAGCUCAUUCACGAUGAGGGCGAAGAGCGCCACAAGAUUACCACUAUCAUUGGUGCCAAGGACGGCCUCGGUGUUGAAUGUCUGAAGGGCUCUGGUCUCAUCGCUGGAGCCACCUCGCGCGCUUACGAGGAUAUCUUCACCAUCACUCUGGUCACCUGCCGCUCCGUUGGUAUUGGUGCCUACCUUGUCCGUCUGGGCCAGAGAGCCAUCCAAGUGGAAGGCCAGCCGAUCAUUCUGACUGGUGCCCCGGCCAUCAACAAGCUGUUGGGUCGCGAGGUUUACACGUCUAACCUGCAACUCGGUGGUACCCAGAUCAUGUACAAGAACGGUGUCUCUCACAUGACUGCCACCGAUGACUUUGAGGGUGUCCAGAAGAUUGUCGAGUGGAUGUCCUUCGUUCCCGACAAGAAGGGUGCACCCAUUCCCAUCCGGCCCUGGUCCGAUGAUUGGGACCGCGAUGUCGCCUACUACCCUCCUCCUAAGCAGGCUUACGAUGUCCGGUGGCUCAUCGCUGGUAAGGAGGAUGAGGAAGGCUUCCUCCCUGGCCUGUUCGAUGCUGGAUCCUUUGAGGAGGCUCUUGGUGGAUGGGCUCGUUCCGUUGUCGUUGGUCGUGCUCGCCUCGGUGGCAUCCCUAUGGGUGUCAUUGCUGUUGAGACUCGUUCCGUUGAGAACGUUACCCCUGCCGACCCUGCCAACCCUGACUCCAUGGAGCAGAUCAGCCAGGAAGCCGGUGGUGUGUGGUACCCCAACUCGGCCUUCAAGACCGCUCAGGCCCUCCGUGACUUCAAUAAUGGCGAGCAGCUGCCCGUCAUGAUCCUGGCCAACUGGAGAGGUUUCUCUGGUGGUCAGCGUGACAUGUACAACGAGGUCCUCAAGUACGGUUCCUACAUUGUCGACGCUCUGGUCAAGUACGAGCAGCCCAUCUUUGUUUACAUCCCACCCUUCGGUGAACUUCGUGGUGGUUCAUGGGUCGUCAUCGAUCCUACGAUCAACCCCGACCAGAUGGAGAUGUACGCUGACGAGGAGGCUCGCGGUGGUGUCCUCGAACCCGAAGGUAUUGUCAACAUCAAGUACCGCCGUGAGAAGCAACUCGACACUAUGGCUCGUCUUGACGCCACCUACGGCGAGCUCCGUCGCUCUCUCGAGGACCCAUCCCUCAGCAAGGAGCAGCUGUCAGAGAUCAAGGCCAAGAUGGCCGCUCGCGAAGAGCAGCUCCUUCCUGUCUACCUGCAGAUCGCUCUGCAGUUCGCUGAUCUCCACGACCGCGCCGGCCGCAUGGUGGCCAAGAACACCAUCCGCAAGGCCCUGACUUGGAAGAACGCCAGACGCUUCUUCUACUGGCGUGUCCGCCGCCGCUUGAGUGAGGAGCUCAUCCUCAAGCGCAUGGUCUCUGUCGCUCCGGCCGCUGUCUCCGGCGAGGCCACCGGCGCCAUCCCCGCCACCGGACCCAGCACUCGCGCCAAGCACCUGCGCACCCUGCACUCGUGGACCGGCUUCCUGGACGAGGAACUCGAGCACGACGACCGCAAGGUCGCCAUGUGGUACGAGGAGAACAGAAAGGCCAUCCAGAUGAAGAUCGAGGCCCUCAAGACCGACUCUGUCGCCACCGAGAUCGCCCAGCUGCUCAUCAGCAACAAGGAGGGUGGUCUCAAGGGUGUGCAGCAGGUUCUCAGCAUGCUACCCGUCGAGGAGAAGGAGGCCGUGCUCAAGUACCUGGGCUCGUCUUAA